CUGAUCUAGUCCCGCUCUUGAGACUGGGCAACAUCAGAGCGUGAGAAAACACGUUAUUGCUUGGCCAUGACACGAAGAAAUCCAUAGCCUGAUGUGGUUAUUCACCUGCCGUGUCCUUUUCUAACGAAAACGGCAUGGGGCUUCCUGCAGAGAGUCCAGAGCCCCAGGACUCCUUUCAGUGUGAACCCAAAGCAGGAGAGGAGGGAGAGGGCUGGGGUAGCGAUGACCAUGCUGAACCCUGCACUCUCACCCCUUUAUCUACAGGGAACAAGAAAAAAAAGAAAAGAAAGAAAAAAUUGUGGAUCAAUCUCACCAAUUGUAAAUAUGAGAGUGUGCGCCGUGCUGCUCACAGAUAUGGCCUGCGAGAGGCUGGGGAAGGAGAAGACUGGACCUUAUUUUGGACAGAUUGCUCUGUCUCUUUGGACAGAGUCAUGGAUAUGAAGCGAUACCAAAAAAUCAACCAUUUUCCAGGAAUGAGCGAGAUCUGCAGGAAAGAUCUUCUUGCAAGAAACAUGAACCGUAUGUUGAAGCUCUUUCCCAAAGACUAUAACAUCUUCCCUCGAACUUGGUGCCUUCCUGCAGAUUACAGUGAUUUUCAAGCCUACACCAGAGCCAAAAAGCAUAAGACGUACAUUUGCAAGCCAGACUCAGGUUGCCAAGGACGUGGUAUCUUUCUCACCAAGUCCAGCAAGGACAUUCGUCCAGGGGAACACAUGAUCUGCCAAGUGUAUAUAUCCAGGCCAUUCAUAAUUGACAGAUUCAAGUUUGACUUGCGCAUUUACGUCUUGGUGACUAGCUGUGACCCCUUCCGUAUUUUCGUGUAUAAUGAAGGACUAGCCCGUUUCUGCACCAGCCAAUACAGUGAACCCACCAGCGGCAAUUUGGAUGAAGUUUGCAUGCACCUGACCAACUAUGCCAUCAACAAGCACAGUGAGAAUUUUAUCCGGGAUGAUGACACAGGCAGCAAGAGGAAGCUUUCUACCCUCAACAAGCAUCUGGAGGCCAUGUGUUAUGACACAGAGAAGGUGUGGGUGGACAUUGAGGAUGUGAUUAUAAAGACCCUUAUCUCAGCUCAUCCCAUUCUCAAGCACAACUACCACACCUGCUUCCCCAACCAUGUGGCAGGCAGUGCCUGUUUUGAGAUCCUGGGCUUUGAUGUGCUGCUGGACCACCGGCUCAAGCCCUGGCUACUGGAGGUCAAUCAUUCUCCAAGCUUCACCACUGACUCUCGUUUGGACCGUGAUGUGAAGGAUGGCUUGCUGUAUGACACUCUGGUGCUGAUUAACCUGGGGGCUUGUGACCGCAAGAAGAUUUUAGAAGAGGAGAAACGUAGGGUGAAAGAACGACUACAGCAGAAUCGCUCCAGAGAGGCCAGGAAUGAGGAACUUCGCCAGUCCCAGGCAGCCAGUAUGGAGCAGAUGCAGAGAUAUGAAGCCAAACACCUGGGAGGAUUCCGACGUAUCUACCCCAGAGAGGGAGGAGAGAAAUAUGAGAAAUACUUCAAACAUAGCAGCUCUCUCUUUCAGGAGACAGCAGCCUCCAAAGCGAGGGAGGAGUGUGCUAGGCAGCAGUUACAGGAGCUGCGUCUAAAGCAGGAGCAGAAGGGAAAUCACAGGCGGGAUUUACAGGGGGAAUCUGCAGGAGAGAGAGCUAAAGUGCGCAAAACGCAAACUCGAACCACAAACUCCAGCCCAAAGUCUGAACAACAAGACCAUCUGUCCAUGCACCCCCUACCUGCUUCAGUAGGAGAUAUUUCUCAGGCUCUGGAUGUAUCAGAAGAAGAGGAGGUGGCGCGAGUCAAUGGACUCCUGGAAAGGGAGAACUUGCUGCGGGACUUGGGGGUAGUUGAUCAGGUGCACAGGCUACUCCAGGGCGCCCAGCCUCAGUCUGAUCCUGCCAGACAUCUGCAAGAACAAACCAUUGUUCAUUCACGUAACAGACAUGAAAAGCUGAGCAAGAUGGAUUCUCUGGCAGAGUUCUGGAGGCAGAAGCACCCUUGUGCUGUGAUUCAGCGGCAGGUUCCUCCUGGAGCUAAGCCCUGCCUGCAGUACAUUCACACUCACCUUCUGCAGCAGGAUGCGCACUGGCAUGAGUGGGGUCCUGCUCGACCAGCGCAGAGCGAGCCGGCCGGCUUGCAGCGUUAUGCACUGGAAACAACAACGGCGACAGAGGCCAAGCGGAAGGGUCUGAUGGAUCAUAAGAGAGUCACCAGUGCCCAUCGUGUGCAGUGUACAAUCACUAGCCCUCUUGUUAAGGAGGGCAUUAUAAGCUCCCCUUUUGCGGAGCUGAGGAUGCGAGCUGCCAUGACGGCUGUGCCACAGCUGGUCUCCAGGCGACUGCGCUGUGCCCCAGUGUGUUCUGACCCUAAAGCCAUGCAAAGUCUGUUCAUCAUCUCUACUGCAGCCCCUCUGGUCACACGGCCAGACCUCUCUUACACCCUCCGCAAAGCCCCCCGCAAAGAACCCCAGCAGAGCUGUUAAUGUGGGAAGUGUUUCUGCUCAACAACACUAUCUCCACAGCCAAUCACAGCAGUCGUCCAGAGCGCAUCCACUACCUCUGUUUGGUCAGAGCUCCGCUCUCUUUCUGUCUUUAAUACUCAUCUUUUCAUCUUUUGGGAACUUUUUGAUUUUCUUUAAUUAAAAAGUAUUAUAGACUAUGUUGGGGACUAAGAGGGGCUGGUGCCUGAUGUGGCUUUGCUUUUUUAUUUUUGGGGUUUCUUUCUUGGAAUUUCAACACAAGUUUAUUUUAUUAUAUAAAAAUUAACUAUUGUGAGUACUUUUAUAAUAUAUGUAUAUUAUAUGUAUAUUAUAUGUCUUUCUUAGGCAAUAAGUACCACAUUGAGUAAUGUAUUACUGCAUUGAGCCUUCACUUCUACUGAGCCUGUGGAAAAGCAGCUAGGUUAUUUUAAUAAAUGUCAACAAUUUUUAUUGUUUAUUAAUUGGUGGGACAACAUGAAAAUAAGCUGUUUUCUGUAGAACAUAUAAAAAUGUACAGUGGGAGUUUAUAUUUUUAAUAUAAAAAGAAAUUGUAUUUUAAUACUAAGAAAUAAAGCAAACAAAAAUAUCUGUAUGCAGUUUAAUUCACACUGUGAAAUUCAGACUUACAGCUUCAUCACUGUU